CCCAAGUUCCCUAACGAAAAACAAACCAACAAGCAAAAAGGAGGAAGGGAUGGUGGUAGCUCGGAGAAAUCAGCAGAAAUAGUCAAACUCUUGAGCUGAAUUUUAGUGGUUGGGACAUUACCUGAAGAGCUAUGAAGGGCUGGCUGCUCCUGGCUACUGCUUUUUUUCUCUGGCCAGGCUGCUCUUCUCAAAAUGAAUGUGAAGAGCCAGAUGAGAUUGACUUUGGAGAAAUUGUGAGCACUGAGAAAGCCAAGUAUCUGGAAAAUGACCGAGUGCAGUACAGGUGCAACCCUGUUUAUAUCUUGGAAGGACCUGAAUGGAUUCAGUGUAAAGCACAAGAAUGGACACCUCAUCCACCAAAAUGCUUGGCACCCUGCAGUAUCACAAGACAACAGCUAGCAGCAAAAAAGUUGUUUGUGUUUGGGAAUCAAAGAAAAGCUCGGCUUAUUCAAAGUAAUCACAGCCUGCAAUUUCAGUGCAGUGAAGGAUAUGUGCUUGUGGCUCCGUCAGUCAGAAUGUGUGUUGACGGUUACAUGGAGUUGCCAUUAUGUAUCUCUGAAAGAGGUGGAAACUGCAGUGGUCCACCCAGGAUAGAAAACGGAGACAUUACUACUUUAUCUGAGAAGCAGUACAGGUCUGGCUCUUCAGUAGAAUUCAGAUGCCAAAGGUAUUAUGCCAUGGAAGGCCAGAACAGAUCUUUUUGUGCCAAUGGGACCUGGACAAAAGCACCCAUUUGUCUUGAUCCCUGUGUGAUCUCCAGGACUGAACUGGAAAGGCAGAUGAUACAAGUUAAAGAUGGAAUGGAUGCACCUGAAAAUAUAUUUCUGCAACGUGAUCAUUCUAUUGAGCUGACUUGUAAAACAGGUUAUGUCCUAGCAGCAAAUUCUUCCCAAUCAGUUUUUGUACUCCAGUGUGAUGGGACAUCACCCGUGAUUCCUAAAUGCAAAGAAAUUACAUGUAACUCUCCAAGAAUAUUGAAUGGUUCUUUCCGACCUCAAAGAACUACAUACCAUGAUGGGGAUCUAAUUCGAAUUCAGUGUGACAGUGGAUUUAUUUUUGAACCAACCAAUGGAGAAAAGGUGGUUGAAUGUACAAAGAAUGGAUGGUCACCUUCACCGAAAUGUGUCAAAAAGGUCUGUGACUAUAUCCGCAUAGAAAAUGGAAGAAUGACAGAUUAUUUGGAACAGUACAAACCAUUUCCAAUACGGCAUCAACAAACAAUUCAGUUUCUUUGCUCUCCUGGUUUUCUGCCUGCAAACAAACAGAAUAGAUGGCAAACAGCUACAUGCAUUGAUUCCCGCUAUGUCCCAGAACCAAAGUGUUUCAAAUCAUGUGAUCCUUCUCUAUAUAUUUCUUAUGGUGGCUUCAUUUAUAAUUACUGGAAAUUGUACAUAGAAGGUAACAACAUUACAUUUACUUGUAAUAAGGGAUAUUCUCCUGCAAACCAGCAGUCAACAGUCACUUGCACAAAGAGGGGAUGGUCACCUCCUCCAAGAUGUAUCGUAACAGUUCCUUGUACAGCAAGUGUAGAAGAUAUGAGAGAACACAAUAUAAGGCUGAAGUGGACCAAUGGGGAUAAAAUAUAUUUCGCAGAUGGAAAUAUCGUUGAAUUUCAAUGUAUAAGAGGCCAUAAACCACGUCCAAAUACUAGAUCAUUUAGAGUUCAGUGUGUGGAUGGGAAAUUUGACCUUCCGGAUUGCAUUCCAAGCUAACUAAAGGAACAACAGAAAUGUACAGCAUUCUUUGAACCAGAAAAUGAAUGUCAGAAAUCAUUUAUCAUUCUCCCAAAAUAUGACCACAUGAAACUGUAUUGUCUAUAGCUAUCAACAAUGGAUCUGAACAUAAAAGUCUACUUUGUAAGAACCAAAUUUUACCAAGUGGGAAAAAAUUAAACAUUUCAAAAAAGGCAGAUAAAAUAUUAUAAUGCAACAUAAACACGUUUUUUUAAAAAUACAUUUAGAGUGAGGAAUGUACAUUUUUUCUCUAUAUAUUUUAUCUGUAAACAUUUGAUUAAUCUGAAUUAUCAGUCAGCAGGCCAUCUGAACACAAUAAAAUAGAUAAUUGUAAUUAAUAUUUGUUAACAUAUAGAUGUGCUGAGUUUUAAAAAAAAUAAAAAUUAAAAAUGUGUUUUUUUCAGCAAACAGUUUGUAAUAUAUUUUGUAAAGAGACAGAAGUAUACAAUAAACUCUCUAAUUCACAGUCCAAUCCAAGAUCCAGAAGCAGUCUGGUCGUCCUCUCAUUGCUCUGCAGGUAGCCUAAUAUACUUUGAUGCUCAGAAUCAGAGGGAGGUUCAAUCACCCAAAUGGAUUUCUGCUACUCUAAUGUGUAACUUGGGUAAAUCACAAACAGGUACAAGGUUUUGUUUUUCUUUUCUUCUUUGUUUUCUUUUCCUUUUUCUUUUUGACUGUAUGAAAUUGUAUAAUUAUUUAUAAACAAUUAAAAUUAAGCUAGAUCUUAGAAAAGGACUCACUGGAGAAGGGCCUAAUGCUGGGAAAGAUUGAGGGCAAUAGAAGAAGAGGAUGACAGAGAAUGAGAUGGCUGGAUGGAGUCACUG